AAGACCGCUGUCCAGAAAGCUCCAAAGGCUGCUGACGCGAAGACCGCUGUCCAGAAAGCUCCAAAGGUUGCUGACGCAAAGACCACUAAGAACAAGAAAGACGUGGCCAACUCAAAGCAGACGAACCUGGACCAGAAUGCGAACGUGAACCAGAAUCCUAAGCAGAACCAGACCAGACAGGACAAACAGAAAGGGACAGAUGAUCAUCAGAACCAGGAUUCGAAGCAAACCACCGCUGGAAAUAAGAUGGUGUUUGGCUCUCAGAAGAAAUCAGAGGUGGAGAGCAAAGGCUCCAGUGUGGACCCACAGGUGAAGGUGGAGAACAUGGAGGUCCAGCAGCAGCCUUCCCGUGGGGGAGGAGACGCCUCCUCACCUACACCACAGAGCCCAGGCGUCAAGAAAGAGAAACAGAAAGACAACAAAAGCGAUGACUCUGAAACCAAGGGUCAGGAUGUUCCACCACCAAAAAGGAUCCCUCCAGGGAAAAAACAGGUCUCUGCAAGUGAGAGACUCACAAUCUAUUUCCACGCUGUCCUCUCAAAGGAUUUCAAGCUGAACCCGGACGAGGACCGCAUCUUCAUCAGGGCUGGGGGGAACAUUGGGAACUGGGAUACCGAUACCGUUGAGCUCACUGUGUCUAAGGAUCUUGGAGAGCAUGGGUUCCUAGUCGAAGGGAGCUUGAUCACAAGCAAAUCUAAUGCAACCGUGUCCAUACCAUACAAGUACCUCGUCUACAAGCUUAAAAAGCAAAAGUACGAGUAUGAGUACAUAUACAAACUGGAUUCUACCUACCCCACCACCAACAGAUGUCUUUUUGUCAAAUCCCAUCUGCUUAAUGAAGAAGGGGACUGGCAUCAGUAUGAUGACAUCAUCUGUGUGGAGCCAUCCAAGAAUGUGCUCAAGCGGCUAAAAGACGCUUUUUGGACGGGUCAAAGGAAAAGUGUCAUCGAAGGCCGAGAAAUCGCAGGGAAAGUUAUGCUGGAGAGUAUAUUUGACCUCCUCAGGAGCUGGACUGACAUUAACUUCAAGAGUUUCCUCAAUCAGCUGAAUCAGUUUUACCAGAUCUAUGGGAACCCGUUUGUCUAUGAGGAGACACACAAGAAAUGGUACUCCUUAGACUACGACGAAAAAGAUGUCAGGAAGCUGCUGAAGCAGUUCAUGCUGGAUAACGUUGUUCCUCAGCUGCAGAAGGAGGGUGAGGGGAAAAGCUGCUUCAUCCAGGACCCCAUGAGGGCAGCCGUGGUCAUGCUGUACGUGUGGAAGCAGUUCGGCCUCAGGCUGGACCACGGAGAGUCCACCCGGCUCUGCACCGCCCUGUGCUUGCCCAAGCUGCCCAAAGACUCCUUCCUGCAGUACUGGACCGACUUCGCCCAAGCCGUCUCCGGUCUCAAAAACUUGCCAGACAUGUUGGUGGCUCUGAUCAACAGUGUGAAGACUGAAGGGCCCCGGUGGAUUUUGGUGCUCCCCCUGCUCCACCUCCUCAAGGGAUCCUCCAAACCGUUCACACCCAUAUCUACCACUGUCACCACCAAGUACGAGCAGUCCUGGGCGGGCCUCCAAGGCCUCAAAGCAGACAUGACACUCAACAGCCAGGACAGGAGAGCGAUGUUGAAUCUCAUGAAAAACAAUGGCCAUCUGGUUGAGAUGGACAGACUAGUGUCUCGGUCCUGGAUGUGUCUGCUGCCCAUAGAGGACCUGAUGGAAUGCAGCGUCCUCAUCAACGUGGACCUGCUGGACCUGCUCCAUCUCUUCACUCUGAGGGCCCCUCAAGAUGUCACCUAUAGCAACAAGCAGUAUGUGUCGGACACUCUCUCACAUAUUCAAAGCAAUCUCAUCGAGGAGAAAUACAGUUGUUUUAGUGAGGCGUAUGGCAGAGAAUGCUUGGCAACAGCAGUGAAACUUUUUGAGAAGAUCUGCAAAGGAGUCCGGUCCACUUCAACCUACACUCAGAACUUCACAGACAUCCCUGUGGCAUGCAUGAACAUGGUUGUCUCUGUAUCUGAGUUUGCCCGGGCCUUUGAGUCACAGGCAACUAAGGACGUGGAAAGAGAGCAUAUGCAUGCCAAGGAGCUGGAGCUGCUAUCCGAGGCGAUGGUGAUCGUCAGAUCCUGGAUCGGCAAAACCUUCAGAGAGCGGUUGCUGGCCAGGGGUAUGACCACCUUGUACCUCAGUGUCAAUGUCACCACAGAGAUAGAGAUGUGGAACAACAUAAUCUCUCUCAAGUUCGCCAAUGACGAUUUCACAAAAGAAUGGAGACAAACGUUCACUAGGGACUUGGAGGGCAAACUGAAACAGGAGUCUCCUCUGGAUCAGAUAGAGAUCUACUGUUCCAAGAUUGAGGUCCUGAAUGAAUCUCACCCUCACGUAGCCAAGAGUAUCGAGAAAUGUGCCCUGGAAGCUGUCACCUCACUGUGCCAGAGCAAGUCUGAGGGUAAACUCUUUGACCGGUUGAAGAUAAACUGGAAGUUUGGCAAACUCAUCUCAGCCAUCAUCCAGAAGUCCUGGCCGAGAAACGAGCGUGGUGAUUACCACGAAGACGAAGACGUGGUCUUUCAACACCUGCUCUCCUGGACAGCCGCCAAGAACAUCUUCCAGCUACACGGUGCAGAUGAAAAGCUGAUUGAGCAGCUCUCUGAAGAAGCCAGGGACAGGAUGGCCGUAGCUAUCUCUUCCUUCACUGCCAUCUCCAACCAGCUGGUCCACGGAAACAUCCGGAUCAAACUGCUCAACUCCGUCUUGGGGAAGAGGGAUACCUUCACAGAGCUGCUGAAAAUAGACUGUCUUUCGGAGAAUGAGCGCUACAAGGACAGCGCCCCCAUGAAAAGGCUGCUAAUGUGUAGGCAGGAGGAGGUGAAAGCUGUCUACCAUGAGAAGGAGCUGGUGGAAGUCCUGCUUACUAUGAGCCGCAAACUACAGGAACAUGUCGUAGUUCAAUUUGAAGGCUUGGAAGCAAGACUUCAGACCAACAUUGAGGCAAUGACCCUUGACCAAUUCAUGGGGGUCCAUCCAUUCGAUCAACUCUCAUCUCCAACGGCCGGUGUAGUCACCUUCUUCGAACUUGAGGACGAUGUGAGAGAGAUGGCAGAGGUUCUGCACAGAUUUAAAGACAGCUACAUCUUCAAGUUGUGCUGGGAGAAACAGGCCCAAGACCUUGCCAGAGGAGAUACAUAUGAUGAAGAACCUGAGGAAUCGGUUGACUACUUUGUAGGACCAGUCGAGAUACACAGUGAUAUUUUUCUUCCUUGCUACGCGAAGUACGAUAAGAUCUACAAAUGCCUGAAGAACGGCAGCCUUCGGCUCGAAGAGGUCGAUACUCUCUUCAAGGCCUACAGGGGCAAGUACGAAGAGCUGGCGCAGGACUUUGAUAUCAUGUGCAGAAACGACAAGUCGGAUAACAAACAGUGGAUCCAGAGAAGGGUGCAGCAGAUUGAGCAGUACCACGAGCUUCACCUGGCUGUGGAGUCUGCUCAGGUCAUCAUGUUGGUCAAGCAGACGCUCAACCUUCAAGGCAACUUCCAAGUCCUGCAGACACUGCUAGAAGUUACGCAUGAGGACUUUAAGAGGGAGCACCUGGAUCGUAUUGACAAUGACCUGAUGCAGACAAAGCUGGUUCUGGUGGACAUCACAGAGCCCCGCAGACUGUGUCUCCAGGAGCUCGGCCUCAGGAAAAACUUUGUUAUCUGGGUUAAAGAGGCUCUUGAAGAUAUCAACGAGCUUAAAGUGUUUGUUGACCUGGCUUCCAUCUCUGCUGGGGAGAAUGACCUCGACGUGGACCGGGUGGCCUGUUUCCAUGAUGCUGUCCUGGGUUACUCUCCGAUGCUGUACGAACUGAAGCCAGACUCCGGUUUCCAGGCCUUCAAGGAGGUGCUGAAAAAGCUGUGGAGGGCAUUGGAUAAUGACAACAACCUCCCAAAGAAGCUACGUGACACAGCGCGCCACCUGGAGUGGUUGAAGACUGUGAAGGACAGCCAUGGAUCUGUGGAACUAUCCUCUCUCUCCUUAGCAUCAGCCAUCAACAGUAAAGGAAUCUACAUCAUCAGUGCCCAGAACCAAAAGAAGUUGAGCCUGGACACGGCCCUGAAACUGCAGAUCCCAGAGGAGCACGACGAGGGCCAUGAGAUGCGCCGUUACUCCCUGGAGGACCUGAGGGAACUGCAGAACAAACUCAUGCUCAUGUCUGGGAAAGGCGACCAGGGCCAGUGUGAGGUGGACCAGUUUGCAGAGGUUUUCGCCAGUGUCCAGAGGCUAGCUGUGGCAUUCAUUGCCCUGUUCACGGCAGGGAACCCCCUGUUCAGACACUGGGAGGCCAACAUCAACUGUAGUUCCCUCAGCCAAGACGCCGGCAUCUUCAUGGACUUCAACCUUGGCAGCAUUGUCAGUGAGAUUAUGGUGGAUGGCAGCAUCGUGGAGCAGCUUCCUGAGCUGUGCAGGAAGAUGGAGAAGUGUCUGAAGUACUGGAACGACUUCAUGGACAAACAGAGAUCCCACAAUUACUACCUGAACUACUACACUGCCGAGCAGAUCGUAUACCUGUGCAGUAAGCUGACUCAGCAGAAUGUGUCGAAUUUGGAGGAACAAGUUCUCAUGAUGCUCUCCUUUGUCAAACCCAACUGCACAGCUUCCGAUCUUAGGCAAACCUGGCACACACUGCAAUACGAGAUCCUCACUAACCCACCUGUGCAAAAUGAGGACGUUGACUUCCAGACUUUUGUUGAGGUGCCGAGCGGUGUACAGGGAGGUCUGGAUUUCAUUGGAGAGUUGAAUCUCUCUUCAGACAAUCUUCCAAGUCUUGUGGAGCACAUUAGCGGCUCAGGAAAGUUGGACUUGAUGUGGAACGCCUACAUGAGAGACAUGAAGUGUUUCCUCCCAGACACUCUCGACGUCCGAAGCUUUGGAAGACUGCUAGAAAUUCUGGCCAACAUAAGUGAUGAGAAUGAAGGAGACAUGACUGAUGAGAAGAAAUACAAAAGCAUUGAAAGAUUGAUGCCCAAGGGCCUGGCUAUCGGAAGUCCAAACCUCAUAGUUUCCCCACACGACGAGAUCCUGACGUCUUGCAUCUCCAUUUACAUGAGCAGCAAACACGAGCCGCUGCCCACAUACGACGAGGUCCUAUUGUGCAACUCCUCCACACCUUACGAGCAGGUGGAGCUGUUCCUCAGACGCUGCCUCACUGCCGGCUACAGAGGAGAGAAGAUUUACACCAUGCUCUACGGCGAUCAGCUGAGCUACGAAGUCAGCUCCAAGGUGGAGAGCUUUUUCCAGCGAAUUAAAAUGCAGAGCAGGAAGGACUACAGGCUCGUGAUCAUCUGCAGCUCGGACAGAGAGCAUGCCUACCUUCCCUCGGCUUUCAGCCAGUACAGGUUACACAUGGUGCCCCAGGAACCCCUGAGCAGCAUCCAGAGAUACCUCAACAAACACUACACGGUCCCGUCAGAUCAGAGCAGUGCUGCUGCUGUGUUUAAGGACAGAAUGUUUGUUGGAGUUGUGUCGUCCAGUAGAGCUGGAGUUGGUAAGUCCCUUUACAUCAAGAGGCUGUAUGAAAAACUGAAACACUCCACCAAGAAGCCGUCACUGCUGAAAUGCAUCCGCUUGAUCGAGCCAAGGGUUGAUGAGAACGUUAUUGUUCAGUCCCUGCUGAAUACCCCCAAGUCGAAAGAGCUCAUCAUCUUCCACUUCGAUGUCACAUCUUCGGUGCGGAAAGGCCUCUAUGAGUUUCUCUUUAAACUGUUGGUCUUGGGAUAUUUGAUGGAUUCUGAGGGAAGGAUGUGGAAAUGCAGCAACAAGCAGCUUUAUGUCAUUGAGAUCCUACAGUCAACAGUAAACUUGCCCAGAAAUGGCCCAAGAGCGAAUGCAAGUGCCAACUCCACAUUCCUGGAUGUGUUCCCAAAUGUCUUCUGCCGCCCACCAAAAGAGGUUCUAGAUCUGGAAAUGAGGAUGCUGGAGGACCCCUCCGUUGUAAAGCUUGAAGACCCAUUCAUGGAUGACAAAGAGUUCAGGAGUGAAGCAUACCAACGACCCUACCAGUAUCUGACGCGUUUCCAUAAUCAAAUUGACCUGGACACCUUCAUGUACAAUGGGGUGGAAGGCACCUAUGUAGAAUGUCUACAGAUGCUCUUUAUGUUCUGUGGCAUAAUGGACCCAUCGUGGGCCGAGUUAAGGAAUUUCGUAUGGUUCCUCAACCUUCAACUACGAGACUGUGAGACGUCAGUCUUUUGUGAUGCCUCUUUCACCGGGGACACCCUCCAGGGAUUCAAGAACUUUGUGGUGGACUUCAUGAUUCUGAUGGCCAAGGACUUUGCCACACCGUCCCUCAGCAUCUCAGACCAGAGCCCCGGGAGGCAGCAAAUGGACCUGACUGGGGUCAGCGACGAAGACUUGGCACCCUUCCGGAUCAGGAAGAGAUGGGAGUCAGAACCACAUCCGUAUAUCUUCUUCAACGAUGACCAUGUGUCCAUGACCUUCAUUGGCUUCCAUCUUCAGCCCAACGAACAGAACUCUGUUGACGCCAUCGAUCCAUCCACAAGUAGGGUGAUCAAAAGAGACAUCAUGACCAGAGAGCUGUAUGAGGGUCUAAAGCUACAGAGAGUCCCUUUCAAUAUCGACUUUGACCAACUGCCCAGAGGGGAGAAGAUUGAACGCCUUUGCAACGUCUUGGGAAUCCAGUGGCCUCUUGAUCCUGACGAAACGUAUGAGCUCACCACUGACAAUAUACUGAAGAUGCUGGCCAUCCACAUGCGGUUCAGGUGUGGCAUCCCAGUCAUCAUCAUGGGGGAGACAGGCUGUGGGAAGACAAGGCUCAUUAAAUUCCUAUGUGAACUUAGGAGGAGUGGAGUGGCCACGGAGAACAUGAAGCUAGUCAAAGUUCAUGGUGGAACCAGCUCAGACAUGAUCUACAGCAAAAUCCGGGAAGCAGAAGCCAUUGCGUUCACCAACAAACAAGACUACGGCUUUGACUCUGUCCUCUUCUUUGACGAGGCCAACACCACGGAAGCCAUCAGCAGUAUCAAGGAAGUCCUCUGUGAUAAUACAGUGGAGGGAGAGUGUUUGGUGCCCCAUUGCGGCUUGCAGAUCAUCGCCGCAUGCAACCCUUACAGAAAACACACUAACGAGAUGAUUCAGAGGUUGGAGUCUGCUGGACUGGGAUAUCGAGUCCGAGCUGAAGAGACUGAUGAGAAGCUGGGUUCCAUCCCUCUCCGCCAGUUGGUGUACAGAGUCCAGGCCUUGCCCCCCAGCAUGAUACCUCUGGUGUGGGACUUUGGCCAGCUCAAUGAUCACACUGAAAAAAUGUACAUCCAGCAGAUUGUCCAGAGGGUGGUUGAGACCAACACGAUCGAUAUAGUAUACACCAGGUUGAUCGCGGAAGUCCUGUCUGCUUCGCAGAUGUACAUGCGGACGAGGAAAGACGAAUGUAGCUUCGUAAGUCUGAGGGAUGUAGAACGUUGCAUGCAAGCCUUUGUGUGGUUCUACAAAAACCAUGCGAUGCUGCUUGCUGAGCUAAAUCAGUAUCAGAGAAAUCAAAACGCAGAGAGGAGUGAGAGGAACCAGAGGGAGCCAGAAGCAAGAGACCCAGUCUUGUGGUCUGUAGUGAUGGCUCUGGGAGUAUGCUACCAUGCUUGCUUGGAAAACAAGGACAAGUACAGACAGCGAAUCUGCAAAUACCUCACUGAAACCUACACCCCAUUCAAAGUGAUGCAGGAGAUCUCCCUCAUGCAGGAUCUCCUUCUGAGCGGAGUGCCCAUGGGGGAAACUAUUGCACGAAACAACGCUCUGAAAGAGAAUGUCUUCAUGAUGGUGGUCUGUAUAGAGCUGAGAAUCCCCCUCUUCUUGGUGGGGAAACCUGGGAGUUCAAAAUCUCUGUCUAAAACCUUGGUG